CGCCGAUUAAAUACAAAAAUCUGCCCACUUGAUUGGCAUUACAUUCUUUUUUGUUCGGCGCUAGUAGAAAGAAAAAUCGUGCUUCAAUGCAACUGUGGAAGAAAAUACUUGUGGUGUUUGCUUUGUGUUCAGUGGGUCAGGUAAGAGCACAGGAUGACGCCUCUGUUGAAGCUCUAACUAACUUGAUAAAAGCAAAUCCGCGUAUGUUCGAAAAUGAGAUUAAUGGCGUGUUCGAUUGCAUAAAGCAGAUGAUAAAAGAUGGAAUUUUCGGACUGUCCUUCGAUCCAUUUCAUUUUCCCUGGCUUCCUGUUAAUUUAGAACACGAAAGCAUACGUUCGAAGUUGCAUUUGAGGGACAUCUCCUUCGAGGGGCUUUCGGACUUUGAGGUUAAUCCGGCUACCGUCGAAAUUGGAAUAUUUCCACCAAAAGGAACCUUCAAACUUGGGCUAUUUUUUAAAGCGAUCAAGUUUGGAACAAACUACGAUGGCACCUUGAAAAUCUUGCAAUUGCUGAACUUAUUUGGAAAGGGAAAAUUUAGAUUUGAGCUGGAUCAAUUAAAAAUUAACGUAGAGGUUGAAGCAACCCCAAUUCCUCUCAAAAUAACAAAGGCGAAAAUAACACUAGGAUUGCCAUCCACAGAUUGGGAAGUUACUGGCUUAUUUAACGAUGAACAUUUAAGCAGCAUAAUUACACUCCAACUGAAGGACGCACUGAAUUCACUUGCCACUGAAUACGAGGGAGCUUUAAAUACACUGAUCAACGAAGGCGCCAAGGGCUUCAUCGGAAUUAUUAAUACUUUCUUGGAAGGAAAGACCAUUCAAGACAUCAUAGACAUGAUUACUGGUGGCGGUAAUGGUGGCAGCACAACUCGCGGAAUAUUGGAUUGUAAAAAAGCAUCCGUGCAAGCACUCAACUUUGUAAAUGCAACUUAUGGUGCUGAAUUAGGCAACUACUUUAAGUCACUGCAAGUAGAGACUUACUGAUAGUAGGUAUAACAUCAUUUGUUGUU